AUGGCCGGCCCCUCCACCGCAAGCCACCUCCCCCAACGAACCUCCCGCCGCCGCCCACCCCCAACAGGCGACGAAGAAGCCUCGACGCAACUAAAACUGGGCAACAUGACGCACGAACAAGCCCUAUCCCCCGCCGAAGUAACCCUGAUGCUCGAACGCCUGGAAGAAGCCGCACCGCACAAAAACCACACCGAAGUCUACUACAAAACCAAAGAAUACUGCAAAACAUUCUCAAGAUUCCGUGACAAUCAGGCGAUUACGCAGGUGAAUCAGAUCACGUCGAAUUUGACGGCAAGGGGAUUGGGGAUUGUGGAGUUUGAGAGGUGUCAAUUGGCGACGCUGUGUUGUGAUUCAGUCGAGGAAGCGAGGACUCUGAUUCCAUCGCUCGAGGGCAAGAUUAGUGAUGAGGAGUUGGAGAAUACGUUGAAUGAGAUCUCGAAGCUACGCGACUUUUCUUGA